UGUGAUUUAAAAUCUGUGAUGUAUAGACACUUUUGGUAUUAAAUUAAUCGACACAAUGUACAGGAUUUUAAUUUUAUUGUCAGCGUCAAUAUGUUGCGGCUUUGGUUUAAAUAUUUUGGUGAUAUUUCCACAUUCUGGUAAAAGUCAUUUCAUGGCGUUUGAACCUUUCUUCAAAACUCUUGCCAAAAGAGGACAUAAUAUGACGGUAAUCAGUUACUUUCCACAAAAGGAUCCAAUAAAGAAUUAUAGAGACGUCAGCUUGCAAAAUCCCAACAUUGACACGGGGGCCAUAAACUUGGAACAGGUGCCUCAUUCAAGGUCAAAACAUUAUAAUGGUUCACACUUCAUAUCUUCAUUCGCUGAAAUGGACUGUCCUAGAGGCUUACAGAGUGAAAAUUUAGUGAAAUUUGUUCAGGAAAAUCACAAAUUCGAUGUGAUUUUGACGGAAGUAUUUAACACGAAUUGCUUUAUGGGUUUGGUUAAGAAAUAUCAAGCACCAUUUAUAGGUCUAUCGUCAUGCGUUAUUUUACCAUGGGUACCCGAUUGGUUAGGAAGUCCGUACCAUCCAGCGUACAUUCCUGUCAUCUUCAUGGAUUACUCAGACCACAUGUCUUUCAUAGAGCGUUUAGAAAACACCCUGAUGUACUUCUAUACGAGAUUAGUUUUCAAAUAUAAAAUGGAAAUUCCAGGAAAUGAAUUAUCCAAGAAGUACCUCGGCGAGGAUUUGCUUGAAAAUGGGAACAUCAUGUACAAUAUAAGUUUAUUUCUCUCAAACAGUCACUUCACUUUGAAUCUACCUCGACCACUUGUACCGGCAGAUAUAGAAGUAGGUGGAAUUCACUUGGGAACACCAAAACCACUACCCUCGAAUAUAGAAAAAUGGGUAAACGAGUCAAAAGAAGGAGCCAUCUUUUUUAGUUUGGGGUCUCUCGUCAAGGGUGAUACGUUCCCUAAGGACAAAGUGAACGCAUUUUUGAAAGCUUUCAAAAGAUUACCCCAGAGAGUGAUGUGGAAAUGGGAGAACGAGACCAUGGAGGGCAAGCCCGACAAUGUCAUGAUUCAGAAGUGGCUGCCCCAGCUUGAUGUACUAUGUCAUCCGAACGUCAAGCUAUUUAUUUCACAUGGUGGACUUUUGGGAACCAUAGAGGCUGUUCACUGUGGCGUACCUAUAGUGUUCAUACCUCAAUUUGGAGACCAGCAUACGAAUGCUAAAGCUAUUCAAUCUGUAGGAGGAGGCAUGGUUCUUAGGAUAGAAGAUAUCACAGAAGAUGCAGUGUAUAAAGUUCUGACAAAAGUGCUGAGUCCAGAUUUCAGGCAGCAAGCUAAAGAGUUGUCCGAAAGAUUUAGGGACCGCCCACUGCCACCACUUGAGACAGCCAUUUAUUGGGUGGAAUACGUGGCAAGACAUAAAGGAGCACCGCAUAUGAGAACAGCAGCUGUUAAUAUGCCCUUCUAUAAAUAUUAUCUGUUAGAUGUCGCUGCCACUUUGUUCCUUGCUUUUAGUUUAUUUAUUUACGUUUUAUAUUUAGCUGUUAAUUUUAUACUACAAAAAGUUUUCAGGCUUAGAAGUGGAAAGGUCAAAAAAGCUUAAUAAAAUAUUGGUAACAAUCUUGUAAUAAUAAAAAUCAGACGAAUUAAAAUAAGAAAAGAAUAUAUUAGUGC